GCUUCUCAGGAGAAAAAAUCCUAAGGAAAGGAUUUUUCAUAAAACACAUCUGUGACAGGGAUGCAUCCACACCUCCCUGGCAGGGCCUGCAUUGACAGUGUGGUCCAAUGUCUGUCCCAGCCUGCGUGGACACCUAAUUGUACCUGAUACAUGCCAACUGAUGGAGUGAACUGAUGACUCAAAACAUUGAUGAUGACAGGCAUUUGUAUCAACUGGACCCAUCAGAGCGUGCACAUGUGGGAAGGUUCAUCUCAGGCUUCCUUUAUGUGUCUGAACCUGCCUGCCAGCAGCUGGGGAUCUGCACAGGCAGCAGCUGGCUGGCUGCUACUGCCUCACUUGCCCUGCUGCUGGAACAGAAAUGUGCAGACUGAAAUCCAUGAUGCUCCUGGGGCCCUCACAACAGGCACAGAACCCCACAGCUCUGUGGAGCCCUGCUUAGGGGUGCCCUUGCCAGAUGGAAGGGGGUGUUUAGCUGUGUGCAGACUGACCUCUGGGAAGACAACAGGUAACCUGGGAUCUGUCUGGGGCUCCUUGCUCCAUCAAAAAGACAUCUGUUUAAUCCUGAAUUUCUGCUGAUUUAGCCAUAUAUGGUUGCUCUAUCAAAACAUCUGUUUAAUCCUGAAUUUCUGCAGAUUUAGCCAUAUAUGGCUGGCUGGUGGAGGGUCCUGGAGGAAUAUUGAAGGCUGCCGGCACACGGCUGUGAAGACCAAGCUGGAUGAGACAGCAGGCAGCAGCAGCACAAUUCCAGCUGAGCCCAGAAAUCCACACUGCCACUUCCAACACUGGCCUUGCCAGGUCCACAGCCCUCGGGCAGCCUGUGGGGCACCACAGAAGUGCCUGUGGCUACCCAGGGCUGGUCACAAUGCAAGCAGCCCAUGGGGCAAGCUGCAGCACAGGAGAAAGAAAAAGAGGUGCAGGAAGAUUCCAGAAGAGGCAGGAAAGGAAAGAAGGGAAGUAUCUGGUGGCACCAGAGGAGGUUAUGAGACUGUGUUAGGGUCAGUCACAUCAAGGUAAAGAGAAGUGGCUGAUGUGGGCAGGUGAAAUGAAUUUGCUUUAUUAGGAGGAAAGGGGAACUAGAAUAAAAUGAGGAAUGUUUUGUCAUCUGAACAGCCCAGUCAGUUUGACACCAAAAUUUUAGCCACAGAUUUUCAGGAUGCAGAUGAAAUUGCUCUACCGCAGAUGAGUUAUCACUAACUUCCUGAUUGUAAUGAUUCAUGCACUUCCUUUCAAAUUCCAUUUUUCCUUCUCAUGUGCUCUAUAGCCUAUUUCCAGAAAGAAUAUUUAUUACACCAGUCUUUACUAGGUAAGUGUUACUUUUCUUAGCCAGCUCUUUCUGUUCUGCUUUCCUUUUAACAGGAAGAUGAAACAAUUAAAAAUUAGUCAGUCCACAUUGUACUUUUUUUUGCUUGCUUUCCAGAAAAAAAAUAGUAGAUAUGGCCAUAGGAGGCAGAAUACUGAACUCUGGCUGCACAGGGCAUUUCUGUAGCUCUAAUGUAGUUUCCUAUGUCCACUAUUAGAUAAUACCAAUGUCACCCUAAAAUUCUCUCUGUGUAAAGGAAUCGUGUUUUGAAGGUGCUUUGACACAUCACAAAGCAAAUGGAAAACCCCGUUUGUUACCAUUCACAUUUGUUUGAUACUGUCUGAAACUGGUAAAAGGAAAUUAAUGGCUUACAGCUUGAAAAUUAUCACUAGCAGUGGCUUUUAUUUAAUCACUCCUAUCAUUUUCAAAGGCUUGUUUGAAUUCUUAAUUGUUAGUGUACAUACCUCCUCUAAAUUUCCAUCUGAUAAUAUUCUUCAGUAAUAUUCUUUAGUGUGGAACUUUCAGGUGAUGUUAAAAUAAUAAAAGAUUAUUUUAAUAAUUUAAAGUUCUCUUUAAAAAGAGACUUUUAAUCUUUUAGAAUCUCUUUAAUUGUUUCUCCCUCCUUCCUCUUUGCUUUUGUAUGUGUCAGCUUACAUUGCUCUCCUGUCUUUGAUGAGUCAUUGCAUUUACUUUGUACUGAUACUUUUACAUUUCAGCCUGGAACGUUGAUUUUGGUUUCCUUGUUUUCUGAUCAGAAAAGCACAAUUUUUUUUCCCCCUGUAAGUAUCACUGGAUUUUUGUCAGAGCAGAGAAACCCUCUUUUCUAAGUUGUGAUUUCACAGCAUGUGGUAUGCAGGUGUAUCUGGUCCCUUUUGAAAAUGCUUGGUGCUGUUUCCUACUAGCAGUCCAGGUCCUGGAGCGAUGUUGCUUUAUAAUUCAGCUGAAUAUUAUAAAAAUCUAAAACAUAAACAGUAUAAAAUAUAACAAUCAAUAUAUAUAAAUGAACAUUUCAAAUACCAAAGACUCCCACCUAUACAAAUAUAAAAUCCCUUUUACUCCUUGUCUCGGCCAUAGGUUGGCACUGGCUAUUGCUGAGCAUUGAUGUGUGUCCUAGGACUAGUACAGCCCAGUGUUUUAAGUUUAGCAGAGCAUUUUCAGACACUAGGGAUCUGGUUCAUUCAGACUGGUCCAAAACAGCAGCUUUUCCCUGACAGGGCUCUGAUAGUACCAACUCUAGCUCUCCACCCUCCCUCCUCAGCCAACUACUGGACUUGCAGCAGAGAGAUUGGGAAGAGAUUUCCUUCUGCACCUUCUCUGACUUCCUUCUCCUGUUCUGCUGCCUGCCUUGCUGCCAGCAAAGGGAAGUAUCAGGCAGCUGUGAGAAUGAAUGCGGCCUCACUCCCUGCAGUUUCCUCCUCUGGGUGGUGCUCAGUUGCCCUCAUGCCUCUUCUCUGUGACCCCAUCAGCUGUCAGUGACACUCCCUCAGCCUGUGUCUCAGUCCUGCCCGUGGAACCCCCACACAAGGAGCAGUGUGCUGGUGAAGGGAUGUUGCCUUUCCCCACCUGCUGCUGCUACUUGCAUAAGAAGAAAAAACCCAACCCUUGAAUCUUUUGUUUCCCUUUACUUACCAUAGAGCCAAGCCUACAGGGAUGGACAAAGGAUAAUAAAAUCCUGAUGAUCCAGCAGACUUGGCACAAAACCAAGAAGAACCUUGAAAUAUUGAAAGGCAUUGUAAAAAAAAUGGGAGGCAUUAAUCUCAGAUGAUUUUUGUGAUGAUGAGAAGAUGAAAGUUGGAAACACCGGUCGCAGGCGAAUGAAGAAGUUGAGCUGAAGCUGCGAACACUUCAUCCCGGCACUUAGCGGCAAAACUCAGACAAGAGAGGAGGACGCAGGUGGUGAAAUUAAAAAAAAAAAAAAAAAAGAAAAGAAACCCACUCGGUCAUGGGGAAAUCAGCUUCCAAACAAUUUGCUGAAGAAGUCUUGAAAGUACACAAUGACUACAGGAAGAAACAUGGAGUGCCCCCAUUAAAACUCUGCAAGAAGUUAAACAGAGGAGCCCAACAGUAUGCAGAAGAACUGGCUACCACAAGAGUCCUCAAGCACAGCUCCGAGUCUGCUAAUGGGAAUUGUGGAGAAAACCUAGCAUGGGCAUCCUAUGACCAAUCAGGAAAAGAUGUGGCUGACAGAUGGUACAGUGAAAUAAAAAAUUACAGCUUUCAAAACCCAGGGUUUUCUUCUAGGACAGGUCACUUUACAGCAAUGGUUUGGAAGAACACAAAAAAGAUGGGAGUUGGAAAGGCAUCUGCUAGUGAUGGCUCAACGUUUGUGGUGGCUAGAUAUGAUCCAGCUGGAAAUGUAGUAAAUCCAGGCUAUUAUGAAGAAAAUGUUCUUCCUCCAAGAAAAUAACUUUAUUUUUUUAAGGUAUUAAAUAAGGUAUUAUUGCUUAAUGACAAGUGAACCUGGAUUUGGACCUAAUAGUUUUGAAAUGAAGCCCAAUUCAAUGAAAUCUGUUUGAUACUUCUGUUCAUGUCUCAGUGUGGAGGAAGCAAUUACAUUUUGCUUGAGUCAAUCUGCACAUCAGGCCCCUGCUGUUUCAGAGGGGACCUCAGGUUAUUUGAGGAUGAACUAUAAGCAGCAUUUCUGAAGGAUAACAUGGGUAAUUUUUUUUAAUUGUUUGCAUGAACUCUAUGUCAGCAUGUGAGUAAACACAUGUUGGAUGUCUAUUUUUUUUUUUUUUUGAACAAACAAAUGUAUAGCUUUCUGGAAACUGAAGAUACCAGCUUGUAAUUAUAUUAUGUACUCCCAGCUGUCCAAUACUUCUUAAUAACUGUACCUUAGUUGCUCUGUCUUUACCUCCUGCUGUUGUAGGACCCUACUCUCUGCAAAUGGAACACAUGCAAAUCUUCCUGUAUGAAAGGUACAUGUGUAAAAUGUAGUGGAAUUCAGACCUGUGUGUUUUUAUUAAGAGGAUCUUGCAGAACACUAAAAGGCUGCUGGCAAAACUGUGGCCAGCAAGCAAGCUGUAACUAAUGCAUGAUCUAAAAAAAAAACCCUAAAUUUUUUUAAUCCCAUUUUAGAUGCUGAUAUGUAAAAUAUGUUUGAGAUGAGUAUAUUUUAAGUUCAAAGUGCAUCCUACAGUUUACAGUACGUACCUUGUAUUAUAAUCAAAUUGUUUACUUCCAUUGCAUAAAAAUAAAAUUCUACUUUUUUGAUAUUUAUGCACAAAAAUGUUUCUUUGAUGGUGUACUUUGGAUUUUGUUUCUCAGUAACUUAUUUUUAUUUCCUAAGGAAUAUCUUUUAAAGGUGUCAUGCUAUACAGGCAAUAACAUUCGCAAAUCAUCUCAUCUUCCUUAAUAAUGUAACAGUAGGGGUAUUCACAUUGUCAUAAUUAAAAGAUGUUUGCUCUUUAUUAAUAUUAUUCAAUAAUAGUACUACUUCAUGUGCUGGAUUGAUGCCUUGAAAACAAUGAAGAUUUAAUUUCCUUAAGAACAAGCCAAGCAAAAAUUCUGGGGACACUCUUUUCUCUGAUUAAAAGUGGAUUGGGCCAUUUUGGCCACGUUCAUAUAUUCUGCUUCAAUUUGGGGGUUUGUUUUCUUUGUGAAAGUUUCUCUUGACUUUUGCUGAGAUUCUAUAUGCCAUAAUCUAGUUCAUGGACAGUGCCAUUACAAAAAUACUUCUUUUUGUUUACACAGUUGUAAUAAACUGCACUCUUAUGGCUUGA